UUUGGAGUGAAUGGAUUCUAAGAACUGCGUUUUAGGCACACUUGGAUAAUUCCUCUACCUGAGGUGGCUUGGUGGGAAUUUAGAAAACCGAGUGUGGAAAUCUAGCAGCCUUUGGAACUCCUGUUAAACUGGAUGCAUCUAAAUGUGACCUAUUCAAGACCUUCUCAACAUCUUUUGAUCUUGAGAUUUGCCAUUUAGUUUUAUUAGCUUCUAGGGAAGUCUAAACUUAAGACCUACCUCUGUUUAAAAAAGGAUACUAAUUUUUCUACUUUUGCUUUCCGGGAUUGGUAUUUUAAGCAAUCUGGAUCAUUUUUAAUAUGUCAGGAUGUGUCUGCUGAUGUUUACACAACUCCUCCUCUGUGGAUUUGUAUAUUUUCAGGUUUAUGGAUCACGUCUUCGUCAGGAAGAUUUUCCUCCCAGGAUUGUUGAGCAUCCUUCAGAUGUUAUUGUCUCUAAAGGAGAGCCAACAACUUUGAACUGCAAAGCUGAGGGCAGGCCAACUCCGACUAUAGAGUGGUAUAAAGAUGGUGAGAGGGUGGAAACUGACAAAGAUGAUCCCCGAUCCCAUCGCAUGCUGCUGCCUAGUGGAUCUUUAUUUUUCUUGCGUAUUGUUCAUGGACGUAGAAGCAAGCCUGAUGAAGGAAGUUAUGUCUGUGUGGCACGGAACUAUCUUGGUGAGGCAAUGAGUCGCAAUGCAUCUCUGGAAGUGGCAUUAUUAAGAGAUGACUUCCGGCAAAAUCCCACAGAUGUUGUUGUGGCAGCUGGAGAACCUGCCAUCUUGGAGUGCCAGCCUCCCCGAGGACAUCCAGAGCCCACCAUCUAUUGGAAAAAAGACAAAGUUCGAAUUGAUGACAGGGAAGAGAGAAUAAGUAUCCGUGGUGGGAAACUGAUGAUUUCAAACACUAGAAAGAGUGAUGCAGGCAUGUAUACCUGUGUUGGCACAAAUAUGGUGGGAGAAAGAGACAGUGAUCCAGCAGAAUUGACCGUUUUUGAGCGACCCACUUUCCUCAGACGGCCAAUUAACCAAGUGAUACUGGAAGAAGAAGCUGUUGAAUUUCGAUGUCAGGUCCAGGGAGAUCCUCAACCAACUGUAAGAUGGAAGAAGGAUGAAACAGACUUACCAAGAGGAAGAUUCGACAUCAAAGAUGAUUACACAUUGAGGAUUAAAAAGGCCAUGAGUUCAGAUGAAGGCACCUAUAUGUGUGUUGCUGAGAAUCGGGUUGGAAGAGUGGAAGCAUCUGCUACCCUCACUGUUAGAGCUCGCCCUGUUGCUCCUCCACAGUUUGUGGUUAGGCCAAGAGAUCAGAUUGUAGCUCAAGGUCGAACAGUUACAUUUCCCUGUGAAACUAAAGGAAACCCUCAGCCAGCUGUUUUUUGGCAGAAAGAAGGCAGCCAGAACCUGCUUUUCCCAAACCAGCCUCUGCAACCUAGCAGCAGAUGUUCAGUGUCACCAACUGGAGAUCUUACUAAUUACAAACAUUCAGCAGGUUGAUGCAGCUACUAUAUUUGUCAGGCCUUAACUGUUGCUGGAAGUAUUUUAGCAAAGGCCCAGCUGGAAGUUACUGAUGUUUUGACAGAUAGGCCUCCACCUAUAAUUCUACAAGGCCCAGCCAACCAGACAUUAGCAGUAGAUGGUACAGCCCUCCUGAAAUGUAAAACCACCGGUGAUCCUCUUCCUGUUAUUAGCUGGUUAAAGGAAGGAUUCACUUUUCUGGGUAGAGAUCCAAGAACAUCUUUACAAGAACAAGGGACGCUGCAAAUUAAGAAUUUACGUGUUUCUGAUACUGGCACUUACACAUGUGUGGCUACAAGUUCAAGUGGAGAGACAUCAUGGAGUGCUGUGUUAGAUGUAACUGAAUCUGGCUCAGCAACAAUCAGUAAGAAUUAUGAUUUAAAUGACUGCGGAUCACCAUCCAAACUCAGGUCACUGAUGUCAGUAAGAACAGUGUCACUUGUCCUGCCAGCAGGCAGCCCUGGAAGCCUACCAGCUAGUGCAUAUAUCAUUGAGGCCUUUAGUCAAUCAGUGAGCAAUAGCUGGCAAACUGUGGAACAUGUAAAGACGACACUGUACACUGUGAGAGGACUGCGACCCAAUACAAUCUACUUGUUCAUGGUGAGGGCUAUCAACUCUCAGGGUCUUAGUGACCCUAGCCCCAUGUCAGAUCCUGUGCGCACACAAGAUUUGACCCCACCUGCACAAGGAGUAGAUCACAGACAAGUUCAGAAAGAACUGGGGGAUAUCAUCGUACGUCUUCAUAACCCUGUUGUGUUGACUCCUACCACGGUUCAAGUCACAUGGACAGUUGAUCGUCAACCCCAAUUUAUACAAGGCUAUCGAGUCUUGUACCGCCAGACAUCAGGACUUCAAUCUCCAUCAACAUGGCAAAACUUAGAUGCUAAAGUGCCUACAGAACGCAGUGCUGUUCUAGUUAAUUUGAAAAAAGGGGUGACUUAUGAAAUUAAAGUUAGGCCCUAUUUUAAUGAGUUUCAAGGAAUGGACAGUGAAUCAAAAUUAGCCCGUACUACUGAGGAAGCACCAAGUGCUCCUCCACAAUCCGUCACAGUGUUGACAGUUGGAAACCACAACAGCACAAGUAUCAGUGUUUCCUGGGACCCUCCUCCUCCAGAUCAUCAAAAUGGAAUUAUCCAGGAAUAUAAGAUCUGGUGUUUAGGAAAUGAAACUCGGUUUCAUAUCAACAAAACUGUGGAUGCAUCAAUUCGAUCUGUGGUUAUUGGUGGAUUAUUUCCAGGCAUUCAAUAUCAGGUAGAGGUUGCAGCAAGUACCAAUGCAGGAAUUGGUGUGAAAAGUGAUCCACAGCCCAUCAUUAUUGGGGGACAUAAUGAAGUUGUCAUCACUGAAAAUAACAACAGCAUAACUGAGCAAAUAACAGAUGUUGUGAAGCAGCCAGCCUUUAUAGCUGGUAUUGGAGGUGCAUGCUGGGUAAUUCUGAUGGGUUUCAGCAUCUGGUUGUAUUGGCGCAGAAAGAAGAGAAAGGGACUCAGCAAUUACGCUGUCACUUUUCAAAGAGGUGAUGCGGGACUAAUGAGCAAUGGAAGCCGACCAGGGUUACUAGAUGCCAGUGACCCCAGUUAUCCUUGGCUUGCAGACUCCUGGCCAGCUACAAGUUUGCCUGUGAACAAUAGCAGUAGUGGACAAAAUGACAUUGGAAAUUUUGGUCGUGGAGAUAUGUCUGCACCAGUGCCAGGCCAAGGAGAUAAAACAGCUACUAUGCUUUCUGAUGGAGCCAUUUAUAGCAGCAUUGACUUCACCACCAAAACAACUUAUAAUAGUUCAAGCCAAAUAACACAAGCUACACCAUAUGCCACCACACAGAUCCUACACUCCAACAGCAUUCAUGAAUUGGCUGUUGAUCUGCCUGAUCCUCAGUGGAAAAGUUCAAUUCAACAGAAGACAGAUUUGAUUGGAUUUGGUUAUUCUCUUCCUGAUCAAAACAAAGGUACCAAUGCCUUACUUUACAUCCCUGACUACCGAAUGGCUGAGGGAUUGUCUAAUAGAAUGCCACACAACCAGUCAGAUUUCAGCACUACCAGCUCCCACAACCACUCAGAAAGAAGUGGCAGUCUCUCAGGUGGGAAAGGUGGAAAAAAGAAGAAAAAUAAAAAUUCUUCAAAACCCCAGAAAAACAAUGGAUCAAAUUGGGCUAAUGUCCCACUACCUCCUCCUCCAGUCCAGCCCCUCCCUGGCACAGAGCUAGAACACUAUGCAGCAGAUCAGCAGGAAGCUGGCUAUGACAGUGAUGGCUGGUGUCCACCAUUACCAGUUCAAACAUAUUUACACCAAGGCAUGGAGGAUGAGCUAGAGGAAGAUGAUGAACGAGUCCCAACACCUCCAGUUCGAGGAGUGGCCUCUUCACCUGCAAUCUCAUUUGGACAGCAGUCUACUGCAACUCUAACACCCUCCCCACGUGAAGAGAUGCAACCCAUGCUUCAGGCUCACCUUGAUGAGCUGACCAGAGCCUAUAAGUUUGAUAUAACAAAGCAAACAUGGCACCUCCAAAGCAAUACCCAACCUCCUCAGCCUCCAGUUCCACCACUGGGUUAUGUUUCUGGAACCCUGAUUUCAGAUUUGGAGAUGGAUAUUCCAGAUGAUGAUGAUGAUGAUGAUGAUGAUGAUGAUGACAAUGAUGAGGAGGAGGAAGAGGAGGAGGAAGCAUUAGAAAUUACUAGACCCCUAAGAGGUCAAGAGCAGACUCCAGGAUCCAGUAUGGACAAUUUAGACAGUUCUGUGACAGGCAAAGCAUUCUCUUCUUCUCAAAGACCUCAACCAACCAGUCCCUUUUCUACUGACAGUAAUACCAGUACAGCGCUGAAUCAAAGUCAGAGGCCUAGGCCCACUAAAAAACACAAGGGAGGUAAAUUGGAGCAAGCCCCAUUACCUCAUCGCAGGGAGGGAAUGACAGAUGAUCUUCCACCACCACCAGAUCCCCCACCAGUUCAGGGUUUAAAGCACCAAAUAGGCCCUGACCAACAUGGUGGUAACAUGGAAAAUUCUACAGAGGGAAAAGGAAGCUCUCUGGAGAGGCAACAUGCAUCCCCCAUACAUGAAACAAAGAAUUCAGUGGAUCUACAAGCUAGAACCUCACUAGAGUGGCAGAGGGAAACGCAGGAAUGGAUAAGCUCCACAGAACAUCAAGAAGAUUUAAGAAAAGUCCCACACAAACAAGCAUUUGGAUCAGAGGAGGCACUGGUACCUUAUAGUAAGCCCAGCUUCCCAUCACCAGGUGGACACAGCUCAUCAGGAACAGCUUCUUCGAAAGGAUCAACUGGACCUAGAAAAGGCGAGAUCUUGCGAGGAAGUCACCAGCGCAAUGCCAGUGACCUUCUUGACAUAGGCUAUAUGGGAUCCAAUACUCAAGGACAGUUUUCAGGUGAAUUAUUUGAGAAGAAAAAUGCAAAGCUGCUCUGAAGGACCAUCAGGUCUGAACUCAUGGAAGUGAUGACACUAAACAGUGCAAUGAACAAUUUCUUUAUUUAUGUACUAUUAAAAGAACUGUAAAUGCAAUGUAAAGACACACAGCCACACCUAUCCCACAGAUAUUUUACUUGUAUUCUCUUAAAGACACCAUCCACCUUAACUAUUUCUUGUCAGGAGUAUAUACAAAAGAAAGAAAAAAAUCACCCACCAGGAUGAAAAGGCUUUUCCUCUGUAUAUAAUUUCUUUUGUUGCAUUGCUAUGCAAGCUCACUCUCUUUUUAGCUAUGUUCAUAUUACUGUCUGUUCUUAUUGGUCUAUUGUACUAUAUGUGAAUUAAUGGGCUGUGGUGCCAUAUAUUAACUUUUAAUUGUGUAACUCUUAUGUUUAAAGUUUGCACUGCAAUUUUCUUUGGUGAUAAGCACAAAUCUCUACUCCUCAUGACAUGAAGAAAAAAGACUGAAUGUGAAGGGAGUACAUGUACUGUAAGCUAAAUUGAGUAAUGCAGGAUGUAACUGAUUAUGAUAUAUGGUUUUCCACUGGGGUGUAGGAAUAUGUAGAAGUGAAAAGGAAAACUGACGUUGGCAAAGGCUUAUGGGACUAGUUCAAUAAAAGAGCAAGAUGUCUGCUUUUACUGUUUGAAAAAGUGUAUGGGGGUUCAAAAGAAAGGUGCACUUAAUAAUGAAUAUUUCUAAAAUAUGCAGGUAGCUAUGAUGAAAAAUGUAAGGUCAUCUGCAGUAAUAGUUUUUACCUGCCCAAAUAUGAUUGGAUAAUAUGUGAUUUAAUAUGAACAAAGGAAAUUAAGGUGUUUCACUAAAGCUGUAUUUAUACCACAGUUUUUAAAGCAUUUUAUGAAUUGCCAUAAUUAAUCUCUCCAACCCAUUAAAUAAAAAUAUGAUGCAAAGUUUCCCAAGGAGACAAAUAAUAUAAACUCUAGAAUAUCUAGCAAAUAGUUAAAGAUGUAACUUCUCAGUAGAUCAUACUCAGACUUAGGCUUCUAAAUAUGAACUAUGUUACAAUAUCUUGUUUCAUCUUUAUAAUACAUGCACAGUACACUAGAGGAUAGAGUUGCAUCACUGAAAUUCACAACUUUUUUACAAUGGAAUUUACAUAGAAAUGUAGUUUAUUUAAUUAAGAAGUAAAAUUUAUUCCACCAAACUUGUAGUCAAAUUGUAAGUGCUUGAAAAGCAGUGCUAAAAGUAUGUUCAUUUUACAGUAAGUAGGUUUCUUGAAAUGAAGCUAAACAUUUUCAAAAAUUGGCUACCAACCAAAAAUAUAGUUGAUCCAUUUUAAUGAGUGAAUUGGAAAAAAAUAGUUUAACAGGAAAACCUUGCAUGUUUAUAUUCUUUUUUAAUAAAACCAAAACUUGUAAGUGGACAUUAAUAAUAGCAUUCCGCUUCAUCAUUUGUUUUCAUGACUCAAAAAAAUAUUAUUCUGCAAUUCAGUUAAGUAUGAGGAAAAUCAUUAAAGUUUUGAAAUAUCUAUUAGUUGUUAUAUGCAUAUAAAAAUCAAUCAAAUCAAAGCUCUCCUGAAAUUCUCAUAUUUCAAAUUUGCCCACAUGGAAUAUUCACAUUUUAGUCUGCUUAUGUCUAUCCUUUCUCAUUACUGUCCAAGAAGAUUCACUGUUCCUUUCAAUAAAGAGUUUGGCACCAGCUCUGAACAAGAGGGCCUUUUAAGUACACACUUUAAUAUAUUAUUGGCUUGAAUCCCCCACUUCUACUUCUCUUUGUAUUAGCAGAGUAGUUGGCAUUGUCAAAUUUGUUUCUUCCCUUUACUUCCAUUAUAGGUAUAUAUUAGGAACUAGGCUGUGCUUUGAGGGCUGAAGAAACAUCUGUUCCUCACUCCAAACCAAUGAUUCCACAAUAGGCAAUAAACAGAGUUCUUGUUCACUUUUGGACAAACCUACAUGACCCUAACUAGAUUGUUUUCUAACAUCAGUGUCUGCAACUUCAAUGACUUUUGCAUUCCUUCAGAUAUGAAAGAGUAUCUGAUAAAUGUGUGAGCACUGUGUUAGGAAUGAUAACAUGAAUAUCCAGAAACCUUAAGGCAGAAGGAUUUCAGACCAUGGUAUUUGCAAUGCGAAACGUGAGUGUUUUCAACCAUUCAAUUUAAAACUUCUCAACCUCAGAUUUUGGUCUGUAUCUCUGAGUAGUGUAUUAUUUUAGUCAAAUGCAUGUAAUCUGUUGACAGUAGCUGCUAAAACACAGUAGCUGCUCAGCUGACACAAAAUUUAAAGGUUUGAGCAGGAAAUGAUUAGUUAUUGUGAUUGGAUGUAUAAGUUUAUACAGUAUACUUAGCUGAAAUGCCUUAUCAGAUUGGUCUAUUUUCCUUGUUAUCCCCACACCUAGGUAAAUUGGUAUUUUCCAUCCCUUACAAAAUGGAGAGUGUAUUUUACCAGGAUAUGGCCUACAUACUGACAUACAAUAAUACUAUAGUUAUCAAAUGGAAUUCAGCAAUAAUAUCUAAAAUAAAAAAACAUUAUUCAUCUUGCAUAAGAAGUCAAAUAGGAUAUAAGCCAAGAUAUGAAAUCAGAUGUGUAAACAUUUGGUAUUAACUGGAAAAUCUACUUUUCCUUGUUGACUGUAUUACUAUAGUUAUAAUUUCAUUAUGCCCAAUUCUCUGUUUCAUAAGUCACAGAGCAAGUCCAUGUAAAUUAAUAAACUGAAGGCCUCCACAAGUUUAUGUGGAUGUAGGGAGUAUCAUCCCACUUUACAGUCAAGGAUAAUGCUACCUCAUGGCCACUUCUGCAUAAGCACAAUAGUAUUUAGUUUGAAGAACUCCUUUUUAUGAAAUGCAUGUGACUGUCAGAGCAAAUGCUCAUCUCUGGCUCUGUAUUUAUGUUGUAGACACAGUACUUCUGUUCUAAAUCUUUUCUAUACCAUUUUAAAGUAGAGAUAGAAUAGCAUUGGUGCCAGCUACAAUGAGCUUCAUGAAAACAAUUCAUGGCUCCAUUAAAUAUGAGUUCAGCUCAAGAAGAGAAUGAAAGUAGAAAGCAUAGAAAGAUAAUUGAGUUCAAAAAUAGUGUAAUAAAGGUAAAAUAAUAGGCCAGAAAAAUAAAAAUAUUAUACAUUUCAUUCACUUUCAUACCAUAUAUUAAAAACCCAUCCAUAGAGAUGUUAUAAUAAUAUUUUCUGGUAUGGGGGUAGGUUGGAUCAGAUGAUCUUGAAAGUCCCUCCCAACUCAAUGAUUCUAUUAAAUUUAUUAAUAUAUAACUUCAUAUUUUAUUCUAAGAAUUUUAAUUAGUCUUCAAUGGGCAUUGAGGUAAAGUUUAAGUUUAGCUUUGGUGGAACACCUUACUCAAGAUUUCUCUGAAAAAUUUAUACUAUUAUCUCUUGACAACAUGAUAAUAACCAUCCCAAUUAAUUUCAGAUAUGUGAUUUAUCUGCUCCAAUGGGAAAAAAUUGUGUGUGUCAGCAUUGAAGUUGUAUAGGACCAUAUUAUUCACUAACUUGUUCAUCUGCCUCUAUGUUUUUCUUCUGAAAUUACAUGACAAAAAUCUGGCAUAUAUAACAUGUCUCUCCCCAUUAUAUUACAUGAAGUUUACUGUUUUCUCUUCUAAUAUUUGUACUUAAAACCAACCAUAGUACAAUUCCAAUAUGAUUUAAUUUACUAUUUUUUAAAUCUCAUUUUGAUCCAAGCCAUUGUGAAUUAAUCAUGUUUUAAGAUGGGGGAUGUUGUGGCAACACAUACAUUUUUUAUAUUUGUUUUUCUAGAUUUAUUUUUGUCUGUAGUUUGUUCAAGUCACCAAAAAAAAAAUUCCCAACUAUUAAUGUGUUACAUUGGUAUUGUUAGUACAGCAAAGUUAAAUUGGCAUAAGAAGUUGGUUUAUUAGUACUGUCAAAAAGUUGUGUAUUGUAUAUUUAAUGGGGAAAAAUAAAACAUUCACAUUUCAA